AUGGCCUUCAUGAGCAAGGCGGUGCUCCUCGCUCUCGUAGUAGCGUGGGGAGCAUCCUUUUAUCAAAUCUAUCUCAAAGAUCUUCUUGUAGUUACCUUCGGUGUUGGUCGGGCGAUGCAAGAUAUAGAUGAGUUUCCGUAUUCUUGCCGGCGUGUCGAGCAUCCUAGGCUGGAGGCCUGUGAGGACAUCUGGCUUGACGAUAAGGGACGCACGUUGUAUGCGGCAUGCGCAGGAACAUCAGGAAGGAUGGCUUGGAACCAGGCGAUGAAUCAAGUCAAUGCGACUGGACGUCGAGCUGGGGGCUCUGAACUCAUCGCUCUAGACAUUGACAAUCCUGGAGCGAAUGGUCUCUUCAAUCUUCGGUCUAUCAAGCCAACCGGUAAUUAUAGAGGAGCCACGGGUAACAUGGAUCUUGAUCUCCUCGGUUUCGACGCCCUCAUCUUGGAUGAAGAUACUAUCCAAUUCUAUUUUGUCAACCAGCGCCCUCCUGUUGGACCAUCCAACGAUAUCAUCGACGCAUUCAAGACGGGCGAUAACUCCACCAUCGAGGUUUUCGAGACGAAGAGAGGCCAGGAAACCAUGCGCCAUGUCCGCACUGUCUUCUCGAGUGAAAUUUGGACCCCGAACAGAGUUGCAACGUUAAGCGAUGGAUCGGGUGCGUUCCUCGUAACCAACGAUCACUCCGUAAAACUCGGCCUGCGCCGUGAAUUCGACUACUUCAUCGGCGGCGGAAACGUCGCAUACUGCUCUAGCACCGGACCCUGCCACUCCGCCUAUUCUGGCAACGAAGUCGACGAAUCAACCCUCAAGCCCACCGCCACGCCAGACUCCCCCUCCUACAUGCCUUAUCUCAAGCAGGCUCUAAGCUUCAUCAUCCCCAAACCAAACCUCAAAUUCCCCAACGGCCUCACGCGCGGCCACGACGGCCUCUACUACGUCCCCAGCGCCAUUGACGGCCAAGUCCGCGUCUUUGCUCUCGAGCCCCAAAACAACAACACGCUUCAUCUUCUCAACACCAUUCACGUCGGUAUGCCGCUUGACAACAUCUCACCCGACGCAAACGGCGAUUUGUACGUCCCUGGAUUCCCGAGCCUAGCGCAGACCGGCAAGUCGUUUUCCGAUCCGUACAAUGAGAUUUCGCCCGUAACUAUCUGGCGUAUUCGCAAGACGGGGGAUCAGGGUACGGAGAGUGGGAAGUACAAGGUUGAAAAGGUGAUUGAGGAUAAGGAGUCCAAGGUUUUGAGUGGGAGUACGACUGUAAGACAUGAUGUCAAGACUGGACGACUUUUUGUUAGUGCUGCUGUACAUCCUUUUCUUGUGGUUUGUGAGCCGCGCGAGUAA